ACCAACACAGAGGCACACGCCGAAGUCCACAAGUCUCUCUCUCUCUCUCUCUCUCUCUCUCUCUCUCUCUCUCUCUCUCUCUCUCAUACAAACGGUGCCUUUGUCCUCACCAACUGCUAACCCCUGCCAGAUUUUAAGCGCUAUGACCAAAUCAUUUCAACGAGUCUGCUUCCAUUUCCUCCCCCUUUCGCUUCCUCCUCUUCCUCGGCCCGAGAUAUGGAGCAGUAACACCCCCCGGCGAAGCCUAUCUUUAAUGCAACAGUCACCCUAGUUACUCCCAGGCGUCCACCUCGGCCAACUACCCGCGCCUCCUCCUUGCGUGCCUGCCAAAACCCAACUCGUCUUCCGCUCUGCUCCGCUCUGUUCUGCUCCUUACGCUCCCAUCCCCUGUUUCUUCAACCCGACCGGGCUGACCGAGCUCGCCGCGUUAACCCGAUCCGCCGGUCAAAAUCCCACCUUGACGAGCGCGCCGGGAUCGCUAUGGUCGGGAACACGGGCGGGGAUCCGAGACUCCUUGCCUGACGCCGCGGGUUGGCCGCCGCCGGUCAGCGCUCGCGCGAACCGAUCGUCCGCCAUGGCCGAGGACCACCACGGGUCGUCGCGGCACAUGUCGGCGUCGCAGAAGGAUCUGGGCGACGAGGACGCACGGGUGGUGCGUGUGGGCGACGCCGAGCGCACCAGCGAGCGCCUCGAGUACGCGGGCAACGCCGUGCGCACGGCCAAGUACUCGCCGCUCACCUUCCUGCCGCGCAACCUCUUCGAGCAGUUCCAUCGCCUCGCCUACGUCUACUUCCUCGUCAUCGCCGUGCUCAACCAGCUGCCCCAGCUCGCCGUCUUCGGGCGCGGGGCAUCCGUCAUGCCGCUCGCCUUCGUCCUCAUCGUCACCGCCGUCAAGGACGCGUACGAGGACUGGAGACGCCACCGCUCCGACCGCGCCGAGAACGGCCGCCUCGCCGCCGUCCUCUCCCCGGGCGAGGGCGCGGGGGCCCAAUUCCGUCCGACCGAGUGGAAGCACGUCCGCGUGGGCGACGUCUUGCGAAUCGUCUCCAACGAGUCGCUCCCUGCUGACAUGGUCCUCCUCGCGACUAGCGAACCCACCGGCGUCGCAUACGUGCAGACGCUGAACCUUGACGGCGAGUCCAACCUCAAGACUCGCUACGCCAAGCAAGAAACCCUGUCCACGCCGCCCGACCAGCUCACCGGUGCCGUCAUCCGCUGCGAGCGCCCCAACCGCAACGUCUACGGAUUCCAGGCCAACCUCGAGCUCGAAGGGGAAAGCCGCCGGAUACCGCUCGGCCCGUCCAACAUCGUGCUGCGCGGCUGCGAGCUCAAGAACACGGCCUGGGCCGUCGGAGUGGUGGUGUACGCGGGGCGCGAGACCAAGGCCAUGCUCAACAAUGCUGGCGCGCCGAAAAAGCGCAGCCGCCUCGAGACGCACAUGAACCGCGAGACGCUCUUCCUCUCCGCUAUCCUCGUCGUGCUCUGCGCGCUCGUGGCCGCGCUCUCGGGCGUGUGGCUGCGCACCCACGAGGAGGAGCUCGAGCUGGCGCAGUUCUUCCACAAGAGGGACUACCUGAGCAAAGACAAGGACGGAAACUACAAUUACUACGGCAUAGCGGCCCAGAUCGUGUUCAUCUUCCUCAUGGCGGUCAUUGUGUUCCAGAUCAUGAUACCCAUCUCGCUCUACAUCUCCAUGGAGCUGGUCAGGCUCGGGCAGGCCUACUUCAUGAUCCGAGACACGAGGCUGUACGACGAGUCGUCCAACACGAGGUUCCAGUGUCGGGCUCUCAACAUCAACGAGGACCUAGGCCAGGUGAAGUGCGUCUUCUCCGAUAAAACCGGCACGCUCACGCAGAACAAGAUGGAGUUCCGGUGCGCGAGCAUUGACGGUAUCGAUUACAGCGAUAUCACACGUCAGCAACCUGUUGCAGAGGGUGAUCGGAUUUGGGCGCCAAAUAUAUCGGUGAACACGGAUUCGGAGCUGGUGAAGUUGAUCAGGGACGGGGGUGAUACCUAUCAAGGGAGGCACACCCGGGAAUUCUUUCUCGCCCUGGCAACGUGCAACACGAUUGUUCCUAUGAUCACCGAUGGCGCGGACCCUAAGAAGAAAGUGAUCGAUUACCAGGGCGAGUCACCGGAUGAGCAGGCAUUGGUCUCCGCGGCGGCGGCGUAUGGCUUUGUGCUAGUUGAACGAACAUCGGGGCACAUUGUAAUCGAUGUCCUUGGUGAGAAGCAGAGAUAUGAGGUCCUUGGGCUUCAUGAGUUUGAUAGCGAUCGCAAGAGGAUGUCUGUUAUAAUUGGCUGCCCUGACAAGACAGUGAUGCUGUUUGUAAAAGGCGCUGAUAGUUCGAUGUUUGGAGUCAUUGACAAAACAAUAAAUUCAGAUCUUGUCCAAGCAACUGAGAAGCAUCUCCAUUCAUAUUCAUCAUUAGGCUUGAGAACGCUUGUUAUCGGAAUGCGGGAACUCAGCCAAGCAGAGUUUCAGGAGUGGCAAAUGGCUUAUGAAAAGGCUAGCACCGCGCUACUAGGAAGAGGGAACCUACUCCGCGGCGUGGCUGCCAACAUUGAAAGGAACCUGCGCCUAUUGGGAGCCUCUGGUAUUGAAGACAAGCUGCAGGAUGGAGUGCCUGAAGCAAUCGAGAAACUGAGGCAAGCAGGGAUCAAGGUUUGGGUACUGACAGGUGACAAGCAAGAAACUGCCAUCUCAAUCGGCUAUUCCUGCAAGCUUUUGACAAGGGAGAUGACACAGAUUGUAAUCAACAGUCACUCGAGAGAUUCAUGUACAAAGAGUCUAGAUGACGCAAUCUCCAUGGUUGAUAAGUUUCAAUCAUUCUCGACAGACUCACAAGCUAGAGUGCCCCUUGCUUUGAUCAUUGAUGGGAACAGCCUUGUCUACAUUUUUGAUACGGAUCGAGAAGAGAAGCUUUUUGAAGUCGCCAUAGCUUGUGACGUUGUUCUAUGCUGUCGGGUAGCUCCCCUACAGAAGGCUGGUAUUGUUGAUCUAAUAAAGAAGCGAACAAGUGACAUGACUCUAGCUAUUGGAGACGGUGCAAAUGAUGUAUCCAUGAUUCAAAUGGCUGAUGUUGGUAUUGGUAUCAGUGGGCAAGAGGGAAGGCAAGCUGUUAUGGCCUCGGAUUUUGCCAUGGGGCAAUUCAGAUUUUUGGUUCCUUUGUUGUUGGUUCAUGGCCAUUGGAACUACCAGAGGAUGGGCUACAUGAUUCUGUACAACUUUUACAGAAAUGCUACUUUUGUCUUUAUGCUUUUCUGGUAUGUACUUUACACUGGUUUCACUCUGACAACAGCAAUAACUGAGUGGAGCAGUGUGCUAUACUCUGUGAUAUACACCGCUGUCCCUACUAUUGUUGUUGCCAUUCUCGACAAGGAUCUCGGUCGGAGGACAUUGCUGAAAUAUCCCCAACUCUAUGGCGCGGGGCAGUGCGAGGAGAAUUACAAUUUAAGGUUAUUCAUCUUCAUCAUGAUGGACUCCGUCUGGCAGAGCCUUGCAAUUUUCUUCAUCCCUUACCUUGCGUACCGGAAGAGUGUAAUUGACGGUGCCAGCCUAGGAGACCUCUGGACACUAUCUGUUGUCAUUCUUGUCAACAUUCACCUUGCAAUGGAUGUCAUCAGAUGGAACUGGAUCACACAUGCGGCGAUAUGGGGUAGCAUUGUUGCGACAUGGAUUUGCGUCAUGAUUAUAGAUUCCAUACCGAUCAUGCCUGGUUUCUGGGCAAUCUAUAAGGUGAUGGGAACUGGGUUGUUUUGGGCACUGCUGCUCGCGGUGACCGUAGCAGGAAUGAUUCCCCAUUUUGCUGCAAAGGCCUUCAAGGAGUAUUUCACACCCAGUGACAUUCAGAUUGCGAGAGAAAUGGAGAAGUGGCAAGAUACCCAUGACGUAACUCAUCCAGAAGUUCAGAUGAGUACAGUGGUUAGAGUUUAGUGGUAGGGGGUUACACAAUGAUCUUUUUGUUCAUUCGAAUAGGAUAGCUUUACACCUUUCUUCGGUUCUUUUUGUUGUGUGUAUAGAAAAUUCUUCCUGCAGUGAGCAAGCUUUCUUGCUGCUUGCUCCCUUGCCAACUAUCCAAAGGAUAGGUCCCUUGUACCCAUUCUGUGUAUCCACCAGCCAAAUUUUGUUGAUUUAUAUGAAAGGAAAUCAUACAGGAGUUAACUGUACAAA